CUUUUGACACAUCUCCUUUGCAAAGGUCUCAAUGCACAAAUCCCAUGUUAUUUUCUGCCAUUCUCUUCUUGGGAUAAAGCAAGUGUUGUUUCCAUCCAUUGAUCGCCAGACGCUGGCACCGAUAAUGAUAUUUCUGCUGCAGGUUGUUAUAAAAGAAGAUUGAAGAUUAGGUAUGUUUGAUAUUUGCCAAUCGCUUUUAUAUUAUGAAAGGUGAAAGUAUAGUUAGUGUCAUUGCUUUUCAGUAUAAUUCCAUUUAAUCUCGGGAGAAUUUUUUGUGUCAGAAGAAGUUCGUGAAACACACAUCACACUGAAAUCAUAACAUAAAGGUCAUGAGUAGGUUAGAUGUUGUAUUAAUAAAGUUAAAAUGUUUCUUAUCCAGGAUGAGCCAAAGCGUCAAUAACUGUAAUCAUUCCUUAGUUGUUAUGAAAGGAUAUUGAAAUAAGAAUCAAGAAAGUUUGUUAUAAAAGUUCGAGUAAUUGUUUCUACUGAAGGUUUAACCAAAGAUAAGAAGUCUAACAACUAAUACUUUGUCAGAGAACAUCGUCACUUUUUAGGUGGUCUUUAAUUAUUUUGGCAGCCUGUAUAAAUUGUAAUAGACGUAAACAACUUCUCAUGAACUCCUACAGCAACAUCUACAAACCGAAAAGUGUGUUCACCCUUCUCGAAACGGUAAUUCAGGAGGUAUUAUGUAACUGAAUUCUAAUUCACUCUAGAUUGACUAGAUUCUGAGGACAAAGUCCUAUAGAGUAACCACCAUUCAAAUGGAACCUCUUCAGCAGUACUUCCAUAUAGUAUGAUGUAUAAGCCACAUGAUUAUUGAAAUGAAUCGUUGUGUUGUUACCUUUCAAAGAAACCUCUUGAGGAGAAGAUUAGUUUAGGUGACAUUUUUCAUUAACAGUACAAACUGCACCUCGCUUUCGGAGUAGGCAAUGGAUAAAAUCUCGAAGUGUUAACAUUCUAAAGAAAGCUCUUCAUCUUUUAAUAAAUAAUUAACCUUUAAAUUUUCCAAUAUAUUUUCCGUUUUUUACAGCACGAAUCUUGGAAAUUUUCUUUCAUUUUGAUGAUGAGAACUACUAGGGGUAAAAUAGUUGACCUUGUCGUUUGUUUCUAACCAGACGACAGCAUGACAAGCACGAACAAGAAUAAAGAAAUGAAAGAUAAGAGGGCUGACAGCAUUGAAGCUGUUCAAGAGGCAAAUGAACAGCCCAGUCUCCCUUCCAUUUACUCCAUAGCAGCCGCUCAUUCUUUGUCAAAAGACCUAAAACAAAAGUCCCUGCACUUAAUAAAAGUCAAAAGAAGACAUGGAGACUAUGGGCAAUUCGAUCUAACACACGCUUGGUCACCGGAAGAUUUGAUGGAUGACCUAGGAAGUCGCUAUGGGAGUGGACGGUCAAGAGAUAGUACAUUGGCUGAUGAGAGUCUAGCUCUGGCACGACCGUUUGUUAUGGAACCUUUGAGGACAUUUCAGGUAGCAGAUUGAGAUAAAAUUCUCUUUUGUUCUAUUUUCCUAGAAUUGGACUGCACAGCCCGCAAUUUUGCUGGCUAAAGUAUUCCCUGUCUAUAAGGCCAUGGCUAAUUGAUGGAAAGAGUAAAGUCCGCGCGUAAAUCAAUAAAUAAUUGACAAAUGUCACCAGAAGGUGUUCUGAACUACCGGUAAGCUGAAUAAAAUGCCAAAAAGAUUUUAUGGGACAAUUAUCCGCUCAGUUAUCUACUUUUAUUAUUUAGGUCCUCAAGUACCUGUCGGCGAUAGCAAUUUUGAGUUUGCCAUCAAACUGUCAAAUGUAUAAAGUUUAUGUUAAAACAUAAGCUAAGUUUGCAAAAAUAUUGUGAGAUCCUCCGUGUUUUGUACAUAGCUAAGUACUUUGACCGGUCAGGAAUUGUUUGAGCACCGUGUAAACAAUCUGAGUUUCUCAUUGGACAUUAUGGGUGGCGAAAAAGGAAUCCUCAAUAACUACUCAGCCCGACAAAUUUCGGUUUUUGCCAGAGGGAAGUGAUCAGUAGUUUGGAAGUUUUAGCCACGACCACAGCCAUUGGUUAAUAUAAAGGUCCAUUUAGUCAAGAGAAGAUUAUUCACUCCCUUUUGUCAUGUUCCGAUACUUUCAAUAGGUCCUGAACUUUUAAUUAAUGGUCAUAUUAUUUGCUCAAUGUUUUUUCUUUCCGAUUUUCUCCCAGGAACACAAGGUCAAACCAAUCAUUCAACAUGUGCUGGAAACUAACUUGGCAGAACAAAAGUAUGACCCAGUCUUUUGCAGAAAUGCUGCAGUCACGAUGGCCGAGGUUAUAAAGGAAAGAGUGAAAAAACUUUGUUAUCCGCGAUAUAAAUUCGUGUGUCACGUGGUCGUGGGAGAAGUUAACCAACACGAUGUGAAAGUUGUGAGCCGGUGCGCAUGGGACUCAGCGGUGGAUCGUUUUGCGCAGUAUCAGUAUAGCAACUAUUAUCUGUAUGCCGUGGGGAUUGUUUAUGCAGUUUACUGUGAAUAA